GAGACACUUCCACACUUGCUAGAGUUUGGGGCACCGCUUUUCCGCUUCCGAUUGCUUUUGUUUACGUCCUGGCGGGCCUGUCUCCGCAGCCAGUGGUGUCUGCCUUCCCCGUCCGCCUCCCCCACCCCGCUUGCGGUGGAAUUCCGAGGAGAACGCGGCUUGGAGGAACUGGGCUGCCUGGGUGGGUAAGCAUUUAUGAAACGUCUAGUGUAUACCAGACAUUGCUCUAAGCGGUGAAGAUUCCGAGGAAGGCAGAAGACGGUCCCUGCCCUGGGGAAGUUCCUGGUCUAAUGGGGGAGACAACCGGCCUACAAACGGGUACAAACGAGCCACACACAAGAAGAACGGAGAACGGCCGCCCGAGAGAAGGCGCGGGCACCGAGGGGGCUGGGGAGAAGCUUCCUGGUGAAGGUGGGAUUUUAACUGAGACCUGAAGGGGGCCCGCCUGCGGGGGUCGGGAAAUGGAGCUCGGGGAGCAGCGAGAUGAAGGGCGCGUGGCGGCGAGCGGGCUGUGAGAAGACUGGCCGGAAAGGUCCACUGGUGGAGCUUCUACUGAUUCUCGAAGGGCAUGGUCCCAGCCAUCCUCACAACUCAAGCUCAGGAGUCGGUGACCUUCAAGGAUGUGGCUGUGGAAUUCACCCGGGAGGAGUGGAGGCAGCUGGAUCCCGCUCAGAGGACCUUGUUCAGGGAUGUGAUGCUGGAGAACUACAGGAACCUUAUCUCCUUGGGGCUUACGGCUGCCAAACCGGAUCUCAUCUUCCUUUUGGAAAGAGGAGAAGCACCAUGGGCUCUGCAGAGACAAAUCCCAGGGGGCACCCCUUCAGACAGCCCUUGUUGGGAACCUAGGUGUGAAGCAGCUGAAAUUCCAGUAUGGAGUAUUCCUAUGGGAGAGUCAUCUAAGGAAAAACCCAAAAAGGAUCAUUCCAGGAAUUCUAAGUUAGGAGAAACUUUAGAAUCUGAUGCUGGUUUAGAGCAACAAGAUAGCCAACAAAACCUCUCAAAGCAGAUAAUAAUCACAGAGAGAAAAAUUCCUACUUUAAAAGACAAUGAAGGUGAUAUAUUUGGAAAAGAUUUUGGUGUGGGGAUGCUUCUGGUUACACAAAAGAGAGAUCAAACAGGAAAAUGUGAUACACAUGAAACGAGCCUCAGACAGUGGUCGGAUGAAAGGAAGCAUAAUGGACUCUUUUCUGAGAAGCUUUGCAAGUCUAAAUACAGUAGGUCAUUCAGUUGCCAUUCAGAACUUACUGAACACCACAGAAAACAUACUGAAGAAAAACCAUGUGAAUGUAAUGAAUGUGGGAACUCCUUUGACAGGAGUGGAUCUUCUGCUGACCAUAAUAGAGUCCACACUGGAGAGAAAUCCUUUGAAUGUAUGGGAUGUAUCAAAUCCUUGAAGUGGCAUGGACAUUUGACUCAGUAUAAGAGAAUUCAUACUGGAGAGAAGCCUUUUGAAUGUAAUGACUGUGGGAAAUCCUUUCGAUGGAAUGGAGAACUAAUUGCACAUAAGAGAAUUCAUACUGGAGAGAAACCCUUUGAAUGUAAUGACUGUGGGAAAUCAUUUACAUGGAGUGGACAGCUUACUGAACACAAAAGGAUUCAUACUGGAGAGAAACCGUUUAAAUGUAGAGAAUGUGGGAAAUGCUUUAACCGUGGUGGACACCUAACUAGACAUAAGCGAAUCCAUACUGGAGAGAAACCCUUUAAAUGUAGUGAGUGUGGGAAAUGCUUUAUCCGGAGUUGGCAGCUUACCACACAUAAGAGGAUUCAUACUGGAGAAAAACCCUUUGAAUGUAGUGAGUGUGGGAAGUGCUUUAUUCAGUGUGGAGACCUCACUAGACAUAAGAGAAUUCACACUGGAGUGAAACCCUUUGAAUGUAAUGAAUGUGGAAAAUCCUUUAGCUGGAAACAAGAGCUUACUGCACAUAUGAGGAUUCAUACUGGAGAGAGACCUUUUGAAUGUAAUGAAUGUGGGAAAUCCUUUAGGUGGAGGCAGCAACUUACUGCACAUAAGAGAAUUCAUACUGGAGAGAAACCCCUUUCCCAACACCAGAAAUCGGGAGAAGUGCCGAAAACACGCAAAGGAGAAAAUAAAAAAGGAUCUAGGGUCGAGCUUUGGUGGAUGCCCCCUCGAGGCUCCUACCGCUACAGCGCCCCACCCAAGAUCAGGCCCCUGAAUUCUCCCACACGAAGCCAAGCCUGGCAGAGCCUCCGGAAAUGCUUGUUCUCAGAGCAGCCCCACACUUCUCCUUCCGGGUGCUCAGUUCUCUUUUCCAGGUCUCCCUCCCAGGUUGUCUCCGCAGGUAUUCGGGCCAGCCCCGCGGGGGGAUCUCGGGCCUGGGACCGGAGGGCCUCUAGGCAGGCCCGGGAAAGGCCGCUCUGCCCACUGGCCCUUCUCCCCAGGGGCGCCGCGGAGGAGCUCGCGUAUCCUGAGGGUAUGGUCUUGGCCAUGGGCACGGCCAGCGCCCAGGAGUCAGUGACCUUCAAGGAUGUGGCUGUGGAAUUCACCUGGGAGGAAUGGAGGCACCUGGACCCUGCUCAGAGGACCUUGUUCAGGGAUGUGAUGCUGGAGAACUACAAGAACCUUGUCUCCCUGGGGCAAACAGUUACCAAACCAGAUCUCAUCUUCCUUUUGGAGAGAGGAGAAACACCAUGGAUGAAACGGAGACAAAUCCCAGGAGGUACCAGUUCAAACAGUCUGAUUUUGGAAAGCUCGUGUGAAACAACCAAAGAAAUACAAAUAUGGGGCAGAUCUGUGGAAGAAUCAUCCAAGGAAGGACCCAAGAAGGAUGGUCCCUGGGAUGCCAAGUUGAGAAAAACCUGGGAAUGUGAUAUUAGUUUAGAGCAACAGAAGGGCAGUGACAAAAGCCUCUCGAAGGAGAUAACAGUCAUAGAUAGGAAAAGUACAUUUAAUAGAAAUCAAUGUGAUGUAUUUAGAAAAGGCUUCAAUGAAGAAUCACUUGCCAUAAAAAUGAAGAGAGAUCAUGCCACAAAACGUCUAAGUAAAUGUGAUACACACAAAGCAAACUUCAAACAGUGGUCAAAUGAAAGGAAAUUUAAUGGACUCUUUUCUGAGAUGAAGCAUUGUAGAGAUAAAUAUGGGAAGACAUUGAGUUACAAUCCAGAAGGUAUUGAACUUCACAGGGGAUGUACUGAAGGAAAAACUUAUGAAUAUGGGGAAGUCUUCAAUUAUAGCUCAUCCUUUAUAAAUCAUGAGGUAGUUCGUUCUGCAAAGAAGACAUUUGAAUGUAAUGAAUGUGGGAAAUUGUUUAGCUGGAGUAGACAGCUUAUUAAACAUAAGAGAAUUCAUACUGGAGAAAAACCCUUUAAAUGUAAUGAAUGUGGAAAAUCCUUUACUCAGCAUGGACACCUUAACACACAUAAGAGAAUUCAUACUGGAGAAAAACCUUUUGAAUGUAGGGAAUGUGGGAAAUCCUUCAGUCGACAUGGACACCUUACUCAACAUAAGAGAGUUCAUACUGGAGAGAAACCUUUUAAAUGUAGUGAAUGUGGGAAAUCCUUUAGUCAAAGUGGACAGCUUUCUACACAUAAGAUGGUUCAUACUGGGGUGAAACCCUUUCAAUGUAACGAAUGUGGGAAAUCUUUUAGGUGGCAACCAGAUCUUUUUAAACAUAAGAUAAUUCAUACUGGAGAGAAGCCCUUUAAAUGUAGUGAAUGUGGAAAAUCCUUUAGCUGGCAUCAAGACCUUACUAAACAUAAGAGGAUCCAUACUGGAGAGAAGCCUUUUGAAUGUAUUGAAUGUGGGAAUUCUUUUACCUGGAGUGGACAACUUACUGCACACAAGAGAGUUCAUACUGGAGAGAAGCCCUUCAAGUGUAGUGAAUGUGGUAAAUCCUUUAUGCGGAGUGGGCAGCUUACUGCACAUAAGCGUAUUCAUACUGGAGAGAAACCCUUCAAAUGUAGUGAAUGUGGGAAAUCUUUUAACCGGAGUGGACACCUUACUUCACAUAAACGAAUUCAUACAGGGGAGAAACCCUUUGAAUGUAGUGAAUGUGGGAAAACAUUUAGCCGUAGUGGACAUCUUACUGAACAUAAGAGAAUCCAUACUGCAGAGGAACCACCUUAAAUUCAGUGAAGGUGGGAAAGUAUUUGACAUAAAGGUUCUACUAAGCAUAAAAGAAUUCUACUAAACAUAAAAGAAUUCCUAUCAGAGGAAAUCUGUUCAGUAUAGGAAAUUAUUUAGCUGCAGUGGACCCCUUUUGUAACCCAUGGGAAAUCUUUUUAGUCAGACUAGAGAAAGUCCUUUUGGUGUUGUGAAUUUAGGCAGUCUUUUAAUUUAACAUAAUUGAAUUCAUAUGAGGGCCAAAAAUUUUUGUAGAAAAGGCAGUUUUACUAACUUGUGAAUUGCCCUGAAAUGACAAUAUCCUAUAUUGUUUUUGUGGUAACAAUUUUUUUAUGGUGGUUUCACAAGUCGUAUCAUUUUCAUUUGUAUAAGACACCUCUUCCACCAAUGCAGCUUAGUACAGACUCUGCAACGUAGAGGCUUAAGAAGUUGCCUAAAGGGUAGGAAGAGGUUCCAACUUGCCUUGGAUCACACAACCAGUAUGUUAUGGGUAUGUCUUGAACAUGGAUUUUCUUGACUAUGGCCAACUUUCUAUUCACUAAAGCAAUGCUACCAUUUAAAAUCCAAGUGUUUUAGUAAAAUGAUGUGAUACAUCUAUAAUAAAGGAAAAUAAUAUACCUAUAUUCUUAUUUUCCCCUCCUUAGAACAAAUAUUUUAAAGUUAAGGACUCAAGUACUCUGGUUCACUAAUCAAUUCAGAAUUACUUUAUCAAAAUGCAUUGCUCCUUACAUCAAGGCUAAUAAGUUAAGAGAAGGAAUAAGUCUGAAAGAUUCUGAUAUUUGGAGAGUAAUGGAUCAUAUUACAUUUCAGGAAGUGAGAAGGUUUCAUAAAUGAUCUCUUCAAACAUGGUCAGUUUUAUUUGAUCUCAAAAAACAGGGUGGAUAAUGAGAGACAAAGUCCAAAAUUACCUCUUUUGCAUUUUUUUUUGAAAAAAUUUUUUUUACAUUUUGUUUUUACAUCUCCUUUUUUUCUUACUCUUAACUCUCUUCCGCUUUCAGAUAAUCAUCCCUUAAAAUAAAAAUAAAAGUUCAGCAAACCAAAUUAACAUGUUGAAAAAUCCUGACAUUAUGUGUGACUUUCCAAAUUUAACAGAAAACAAAAUUCACUAUGAUUAGGUUGGAUUUAUAUCAGGGAUUGACAGGUUGUUAGCAUUAGAAAAAUAUUUUAUAACCAAUAAUUACAUGAUUAUCUCAACAGAUGCAGAAAAAGCUUUUUUAUGAGGUGCAGUACUAAUUAAUACUUUAAAAUGCUAUAAAGUUUUAUAAAAUGCAUAGAAGGAUCUUUGUAGAAAGUAUGAUCAAAAGUGUCUAAAGCCAAGUUAGCAUUUUACACAAUGAAGAAACACUAGAAGUUUUCCUAAUAAAAUAUAAAGCAGGAAUUGCCUACUUUCCUCAUGCUUAAUGGUUCCAGAAAUUCCAGAAGUAGUUAUAAAACAAAGAGAAGAAGGGCAGCUAGGUGGCACAGUGGAUAGAGCACCAGCCCUGGAGUCAGGAGUACCUGAGUUCAAAUCCGGCCUCAGACACUUAACACUUAUUAGCUGUGUGACCCUGGGCAAAUCACUUAACCCCAGUUACCUCACUUAAAAAAAAACACACACAAAGGGAAGAAAUUAAAAAUAUUAGGAUAGACAAAGACAAAACUAUCCCUAUUUGCUGAUAGUGUUAAGGCUUGCCUAGAAAAUCCUAAGCAAUCAGCAAAGAAACUGAGACCAUAGUUUUAGUAAAGAUGCAGGCUACAAAAAAAACCCCACAGAAACCCAUAGCAUUUUUGUAUGGCAGCCUCAAAAUUCAAAAAGAAAUAGUGAGGGCCUAAUCACAGUAGAGGGAAGCUAAGUGGUGCAGUGGAUAGAGUGCUGAGCCUGGAGUCCGAAAGACAUCUUUCUGAGUUCAAAUCUGGCCUCAGACACUGGCUAUGUGACCCUGGGUA